GUCAACGCGGAGGACGACGAGUACGAGUGCGACCUGUGCGAGCACGAGGGUGACUUCGACGACGAGCACUGGUGCAGGAUCUGCUACCCAGAUGAGGACUACGAGGAUCACGAUACAGACUACGAGGAUCCAGAUGCACACGACGAGGACCCAGAGGCUAACGUCAGGGAAAUCGAUGUCUACGAGAGGAUCGAGGACGACGAGGCCGAGUCGCAGGAGGUCAAGAGCUACGACGACCAGAGCGACGACGACGGGAGCGGCGAAGAGAAGUGGGUGUUCAACGUCUGGGACGAGAACAUGGACAGCCAGGUCCAUGAGUUUCUCCCCCUGGACAGCGCAUGCGAGGAGCACACCUGUCCGUGGAACUUCGCCGACGACGGAGUGGACAUUGGACCUGGCGGCGUUCGACUCAGAGGAGCAGAUGGUAGCAAGAUCGAGUCAGGUCGCAAGAUCAUGGUCGAGUACCCGGUGCUGGACAUCGACGGUCGCACGGUCGUGAAUGCGAAGACCCCGUUCGUGCAGAGCGAUGUGAAGAGGGCGCUGCUAAGCGCAGGCAAGCUCGCGAGGAACGGCAUCAACAUGUUCUUCAGGAAAGAGGAUCCUUGGCUGGAGAUCACGACCGACCGAGGACGAGUGAAGGUGCCAGUGUACAUGAAGGGACGCACGUUCGGGCUGAGGAUCAGGAUGAGACCUACGCCCAGCAAGCCGACGGUGAUGAUCGCGCCCGUCGGGGAAGAGGAGAUGCCACAGUGGCUCGAGGUCAAGCAGCACGGCGAGCCCGUCGGUCAAGGAGGGCUCUUCAGCGGCAGUUCGGUGGAAGACAUGAGGAAGAGGCUGAAGGAGCUCAAGGCCCCGAUUUGGGGAACCAAGCAGCAGCUAUGGGGGCGCUUGGUGCACGCAGAGGCGAAGCUCGAGCUCCAGAUCAGAGAUGAGAAGUGGCUCGAGGAGCGCGCGAAGGAGCUAGCCGAAGCUGGAGGACGAGCAAAGCCACAUGAGCAGAGGCCAGAGGAGAAGAGGAAGUUACCCGAGUUCGAGAUGGACUUCUGCUACCUGCUGUCGGACCCGAAGAGGAGGCAUGCACCAGGAGAUCAAGCGUGGGCGACGACACUCGUUCUGGUAGACGUGGCGGCUCAGAAUCCGAUGGUGAUGGCGAUUCCUCAGAAGUCAGACGAGACUAACUACAUAGCAUCUACAUGUACGGCCUUCGUCAAGCGGAUGGCUUACCCAGGUGCGAUACUCAAGGCGGACCCAGAGCCAGCCUUGGACGUGAUCGCGGAGAAGGUGAAGCAAAAGUGCAUGGUGGACGGCAUCAAGCUGGAGAUCAAGAAGACGCCGAGGUUCAGCAGCCAAAGCGUCGGUGUCGUCGGCAGAGCACAGCAGACCGCAGAGGGCCAGAUCAGGACGAUGCGGUUGGACAUGGAGGCGAGGCUUGGCACCAAGAUCGACCCCUCCAUGGACAUCUGGCCGUGGAUGGCAAGGCACGCAGGAUGGAUCCUAGAGCGGUACCACGCGAAGGCAAAUCACAGGACAGCGUACGAGGACUGCUUUGGCAAGGCGUACCAGGGAGAAGUGCUGAAGUUCUGCGAGGCAGCGCUUUUCAAGCUUUCGGUCACGACGACGGGAAAGGUCAGAGCUGGAGUUAGGCAAGGACGAGCAGACGCCAGGCUCGUGCGAGGGAUCUGGCUGGGCAAGACGAUCGAGUCCGACGAGCACCUGUUCGGGACCGAAGAGGGCGUGUUCACCGCCAGGACGGUCAAGAGGGUUCCGACGAGCGAGCAGGACAGAGCCGACCUAGUCAAGGCGAUCAAGGGCACGCCGUGGGACAGAUACGCUGGCGUGGCAUCACCGAUAGAGAAGAAGGCGAGAGUGGAAGAGCUAGUGACGAUGGACGCGGACGAGUACGACGCGGACUUCGACGACAACGCCUACCUCCAAGAGGACUGGGGCGAAUAUGAAGGUGUGGACCCAGCGAUAGCGCAGGCUAUCAUCAAGGGCAAGGAGAAGGAGAUGAACGCGAUGGAGGAGUUCGAGAUCUUCGAGACGGUGGAGAACAUCCCAGACAGCGCAGACAUCCUGUCGACGAGAUGGGAAAACGUUCCAAGAGGCCCAGACGAAUGGAGGUGCAGAUUUGUGGCGAGAGAGUUCAAAGGCAACGAUCCUGAACUAGAAGGGUUGUUCACGGCAGGAGCUACCAGCAGUACGGGGAGGCUCAUCGAUCAGCAUGCGGCACAGCACGGCUACAACACGAUGGUGCUGGACGCGCAGAACGCAUACUUCCACGCUGACGAAGAUGAGGAGGUGUACGUGGAUCCGCCAGUGGAAUGGGUCAGAAGAUAUCACGCGCGAGGUGGCAAGAUCAAGAGACCGUGGUGGAAGAUGAAGAAGCAGAUCUACGGCAAGCGCAAGGCCUCGAAGAAGUUCAACCAGUACGUGGUCGACGUGACUAAGAGCCUUGGGAUCGAGCAGUGUCCCGAGCAGCCCAGCAUCUUCAGGAGGCCAGGUACCACGCUGGUUUUCGAGGUACAUCAAGACGACAUCUACGCAUCAGGGAGCGACCACGAGCUGAAUUGGCUGGCAGCAAACUUAGCACCAGUACUGAAGCUCAAGGACGCCAGGAUCAUGAAGGUUGGAAUGGUGUAUUCGUACCUCAGAGCCACGCGCACCAGGAUCAGCAAGCACAUGAUACACAUAGCGCCGAGGCCCAAGUACAUCGAGGACGUGUUGAACGAGUUGGGGCUUACCAACUGCAAGGAGGUGCCGACGCCGAUGGUCAGCACGAGGAAGAAGGAGGACCUGGAAGAGCCAGUCGUGGGACCAGUCGACAAGAAGACGUACAACAAGUGCGUUGGGAUUCUCAGGCAUCUGCUGAAGUACAGGCCAGACAUCCCGUUCGCAGUUCACGAGUUGAGCGCCCAGGGCGCGCUGAAGUUUGGGACCACCAACCUCAGGGAGUUCACCAAGGGCCAGAGUUGUCAGGCGCUCAGCUCAGGCGAAAGCGAGUACUACGCGGCGGUGACCACAGUAGCACAGGGACUCCACAUGCAGCGGCUGUUCGAGUUCAUAGGUUUUCCGUUGAAGCUCAAGCUCAGGCUGGAUUCGACGGCAGCAAAAGGCAUCAUCAUGAGAAGUGGCUGUGGAGCGCUCAAGCAUAUCGAGACGAGGCUAUUGUGGCUCCAGGCCAAGUACGACGAGAAGAAGAUUACGGUUCAUAAGGAGCCGACCGCGACCAACACAGCGGAUGGCUACACAAAAGCAUUGCAGACAGCGAAGUUCCUGGAGUGGAGGUCGAGGCUUGGCAUGGGAUACGACAACGGAGAUGGAGUCGAGACGAGCAAGAGAGAGGCGCUCAGUGGAAAUAGCAGUCAGUGGACAGGAUCAAGCAAGGGGCCCAGACAGCUUCUUGCGGCAGCACUGUUGCUCAGCCAGGCCAAAGGCGACACCCAGGUGGCAGUGACAGAUAGUUUCGACGCGGUGAGCAGCAACGAGGUGGUGAUGUUUAGUCCAAGAGCAUGCUCGACGGCAUCGUUCAGUUGGACCACGCUGUUCAUCACGAUGAUGGUGGCGUUUGUAGUGGGAUGCGUGGCGCACCACUACAUGAUGAAGAUGAAGACGUGGAUCACGAGCAUGGGAGAGAGCACCGUACCCCUUGAGGCCGUCGGGGGUGCGAGGAAACAAAGGCUCAAAACCAAGCAGAGCAAGCGCACCGUGAGCACGCAGAGCAUGACGACGUACGCCAGGCACAAGACGCAGCCGAGGUUCGUGCUGACACCAGCGAGUUGCGAAG